GUUAGUGCGGGGAGUUGUGUUCAAUGCGGUGCAUUCUGCAUCAUCACUAGAAAAUAACUCCGCUUUAAAGGAGUAAAAAAAAACAAAAACAAAAAAACACUUGCAGGUUGAAAGUUGCUUAAAUCUCUGAUUAACUCGGUAACCAAAAUUCCUAGAGUAUUUAUCAAGCUCCUCAACUAGAAGACAGAUUUGAAAACACGUCUGUUUUCUCUUGCGAUGGACAGUGUUUGUGAGAAAGAUAGACAGGUGAAGAUCGUUUUGAGUGAUAGCUGCAGUCGCGGAGAGGAACAGCGGAGCUGAGCGACUCUUUCCGCGAGCCACCACACGCACGCUCGCGCUCAUCCUCAUUCUCUCAACCGCGCGCGCACAGACGCUCGUCCGCUUGACCGGUGCAGAAGGCUUUGUUAUAAUUUAUCCACUUAUAUAAUCCGUGCUUUAAACCACAAUGGAAGAGAACAUGGAAGAGGGACAGACACAAAAAGGGUGCUCUGAAUGCUGCCACAAAUGCCUUAGUGGGAUCCCCUACGCCUCUCUGAUCGCUACCAUCCUGCUGUAUGCUGGGGUAGCGCUGUUCUGCGGCUGUGGUCAUGAGGCUCUCUCUGGUACCGUCACCAUCUUGCAGACCUAUUUUGAUGUUUCCCGGUCACCUGUUGAUGCCCUGGAUGCCUUUGUCAUGAUUGACAUCUUUAAAUACGUGAUAUAUGGAGUGGCAGCAGCCUUCUUUGUCUAUGGUAUUCUGCUGAUGGUGGAGGGGUUUUUCACCACUGGGGCCAUCCGGGAUCUCUAUGGGGACUUUAAGAUCACCACCUGCGGACGUUGUGUUAGUGCUUGGUUCAUCAUGCUUACUUAUAUCUUCAUGUUGGCUUGGCUGGGGGUUACAGCCUUCACCUCCCUGCCAGUCUUCAUGUAUUUCAACAUCUGGAACACCUGUCAGAACACUACACUGGUGGAUAAUUCCAGCCUGUGCUUCGAUCUACGCCAGUUUGGAAUUGUGUCCAUUGGUAAUGAGAAAAGACUGUGCACUGCUUCUGAGAACUUCAUCAAGAUGUGUGCAUCUAAUGAGCUGGACCUGACAUUCCACUUGUUUGUCUGCGCACUUGCGGGGGCUGGAGCAGCUGUCAUCGCCAUGGUGCAUUACCUGAUGGUGCUGUCGGCUAACUGGGCUUACAUGAAGGAUGCCUGUCGGAUGCAGAAAUACGAGGACAUCAAGUCCAAGGAGGAGCAGGAGCUUCAUGAUAUCCACUCUACUCGCUCUAAAGAGCGUCUGAAUGCAUACACAUAAAGCAUACUGUCAUGCACACACACAUACACAUAGAAAUAUGUAUACACACACACACAUACAUACACACAAGCAUGCCCUUCCCCUCCCUGAAGACACACGUAUAAACUAAACUGAACUAAGUCUAAUUUCCAUGGUUACCAGGAGUAAAAUAUAGCUGGGUGGUUGGGAUGGGAUGGGAUGGGAUGGGGUAGUAAAUAAAUGUAUCACUUACUACGUACGGGUGUGACCCAGAAUGUUGGUCAAGGGGUGCACUUAUCGUCUCAUUGGCAACGUCUCUGACUACCCAUACAUUUCCAGGGUUUAGAUUUAGUUUUAUCGUCCUUGUUCCAGUGUCUGAUUUCAUUUCUCCUUUACCUUCCGUUUUUGUGUCUGAGACAGUACACCUUGUUAACACACAAAGUUGAGUGACUUCUCUUUUGUACCACAUACUUUUAAGUCUUAUUGGGUAUUGAUCUUGUAAGGGUUUUUGGGGUUUAGCCAAAGGGAUUCCAGCACACUUUUCACAUUUUUGUAUUACACAACAAAGAAUUACAUUUUUCAAGCUCACCCUAAAUGGCUAGUCAUGAUUUAGAUUCACAGAUUUUUCUUUUCUUAAAACCAAAAUGUGACCAAACUUGUAACUUAUGAUUUACAGGUUAAUCGCUCAGGCUGCCACACUUAGAGCAGCAACAGCACAAACAUGUACAGAUUCUUUUCCAACUAAUUCAGUUUUGGAGUGCCAGGGAUUUUCAAAAGUACCUUAAAGUGACUUUUACUGCUAUACUGUAGCUUGGCCUAACUGUAUAUGCUAGCUGUGCUCAGUAUUAAAGGAAGGUGUGACACCUGUGCUUAGUAACCUUUUGUUAAGCUUUGACAGAAAUGGCUGCUGAAUGAAAAGGUUUUAGAAAGAAAGAAAGGACCGUAGAAGAUUGUCUUAAAUCGACUGGACCGGUCACGUAGGAUUUGCCUUGGGAGACUCUGUGGAUAUUUGGUUUCUCUCAUCCAUUGCAAGCCAUACUCUCACAUGCAAAUAACAUUUUCAGGUGUUUUAUUGCUUAGUUUUAGCUUUAACUUUUUAAAUGCAAGAAAUCAGACAAAACAAGUUCCUUUUAUCAUUUCUCUGAACUGUAUAUAUCUCUCUAUAUAAAUGUAUACACAUGUCAUGUCAGUUUCGAAGACACAUCUCAGCAGUCAGUGUUAGGUGAUAUUUGGUAAUUAUGAGAACGUUGUUCAUAUCGGAGAAAUCUAAAUCUAAAUGGAAAAUGUGUGGCCAUACAGUAUAUUCUUCUUCUUUAUGGACCAAACUCAGCAUUUUGGCUCUGUCUUGCCUAUUUCAGUUGCCCUAGUUUUGCAGUAAAGUGUCUCAUAAUUUGUUUUCUGACAAUAGUGCUUUUGUCUGUCUCGAAAAAACAAAAAUAAAAAAAAAACAAGCUAGUUUUUGUGCACUUCUGGACCAUUGUGAGUUGUUUGGUGAAAGUGCAUUUGGAACCAGCGCUGAGUCCCUAUACUCUUACUAGUCAUGCAGCUUUUUUAAAACACACAAGAAACUUGUAUUAGGUAAAAAACGUAAAUCUAGUUGUUAUUUGUGGCAUGGUUAUGCAUCUAAUGGUAAUAUUUUUAACUAACUCAAAAAGUUAGAUCCUUUAUUUUGAUUUUAAUUUUUACACUUGUGACUGUCUUGCUGGGGUCAACUAUAUUUUUUUCUAAAUGUGCAGUAUUACAGUUGCUACGCUAACAAUAUUAAGCUAAAUAUCUUAUUAGGUUGUAGUGUUUGAGUUUUGUCUUUUCUAGUUCGUGAUGAUUUUCAAAACCAUGUCUUAAACCUAUGCUUGUUAUGGUGUUGCGUAUUCAGUAUUACCCUGAUAUUGCUUUCAGCUUUAUCCAAGUACUAGUUUUUUGCACUUUCACUGAGAAUGAUUUGUAGCAGGCAUUAAAAUUAACUGGGUUUUGUACAUAAAUGUGCCAACAGUUUGACAGUGGCUUUUUUUCUUUGUUUUUUGAACUGUAGGAAAAACUUGCUUGCGUAAAUAAAGACACUUGUGUACUUGUUAAUAA